AUGGCUUUUGAUCUAGUCGUUGUGAAUGGCAUAAUUGUCACGGCCUCCGAUGUACUUCCUCUCGGAAUAGAAAUCGGUAUCAAAGAUGGGAAAAUCUCCUGCCUUGGAUCUUCACUCCCUCGGGAUGCCAACACUCAAAUUAUUGAUGCAAAGGGGGCCUAUGUGACCCCAGGAGGCGUCGAUUCCCACGUCCACUUUGCUCAAGAUAACUGCCCAACAGGCGAUGACUUCACCACUGGCAGCCGCAGCGCGAUCGCUGGAGGGACUACUACAGUUCUCGCUUUCGCAUCUCAAGAGAAGUCAGAAACCAGUGUUAUCCCAGUGGUCGAAGAGUACCACACAAAGGCCACGAACCAAAGUUACUGUGACUAUGGAUUUCAUCUGAUUCUCACGAACCCCACCCCUGAAAUCAUGCAAAAGGAAAUGCCUCUCAUGAUCGAACAAGGCAUCACAAGUGUCAAAUUGUAUAUGACAUACGAACCUAUGAAGCUUGGCGAUUCCGAGCUUCUCGAGGUCUUGAUGUCAGCUCGAAGCCUGGGUUUUACAACCAUGGUCCAUGCCGAAAACAGUGAUAUAAUUUCGCUCAUCACCGACCGUCUCGAAGCUGCUGGUCACACGGAUCCCUAUUUCCAUGCCAUCUCGCGCCCACAGAUCGCGGAGAACGAAGCAACAUACAGGAUCAUCUCUCUGGCUGAACUGACAGACAGCCCGAUUUUGAUUGUCCAUAUGAGCUCGGAGAUCGCUGUGAAGCAUGUGAGGAAGGCUCAGACACGCAUGUUGCCAAUCCACGCAGAGACCUGCCCGCAAUAUUUGUUUUUGCUGAGUGAGAGACUAAAGGGUAGUCACCACGACGCAUUCGAGGGCGCAAAAUGCGUUUGCUCCCCUCCUUUACGCCAUGACCCUAAGGACCUCGAGGCCAUGUGGCGCGGCAUAGCGAACGGAACAUUCACGACAUUUAGUUCGGACCACGCACCGUCGUCAUAUGACCACCCUAACGGGAAGAAGCUGGGACUGAAGAGCGGUAUUAUGCGGUACAGGGACAUUCCUAAUGGCGUACCAGGAGUGGAGACAAGACUACCGUUGUUAUUCAGUUACGCUGGUUCAGACAAAGAUUCGCGCUUAGGUCUGCAGAGGUUCGUGCAGCUCACAAGCUCGGACCCGGCGAAGCUAUAUGGGCUAGAUGGAACGAAAGGGAAUAUUGCUCCAGGGUACGAUGCCGAUUUGGUUAUUUGGUAUCCAGAGGAAGACUUGAAGGACGGUGUGAAUAUUGAACAGAAGAUGCUGCAUCACGGAGUUGACUAUACACCGUACGAGGGAAUGAAGGUCAAGAACUGGCCAAGGUACACCAUUUUAAGGGGCAAGAAGGUUUGGGAUAGGGAUAACGGAGGUAUUUUGGGAGGUAUGUCAGAUGGGAAGUUUUUGAAAAGAGGCAAGGGAAAGAUUGUUGUUGGGAAGACCGGCGGAGAAGUAAAUGGUAUGCUGGCAGGAGAAAGAGAUUACUGGGUUUAA